GGCCAUCCUGCUCGCUCACCUCUGCCCACAAGAACAAUGAAGUCAGUCAUGCUGAACAAUUGCUGACCCAUGAGUUAUGUUUCAGUGAAUGAGACGAGCCAACAGGAUAGCUGAGUGAAUACUCACUCUUGACUGACUGCAGUCCCAUAAACAAGCCACAGAACAAGCAUGGCAAAUAAAUCAAUCUAUGAUUUCUCUGCUGAGACCCUGGAUGGACAGCCGGUUCCGCUCAGUAACUACAGGGGUAAAGUACUUCUCAUCGUCAACGUUGCCACCUUCUGAGGGUCAACAAUAGAGGAGUACCACAGACUGAAUGCACUGAUGGAAAUGUACGGUGACCUCAACUUCACCGUCUUAGGAUUCUCCUGCAACCAGUUCGGUCUUCAGGCACCUGAGGUGAAUCAUGAAACCCUCAAUAUUCUGAAGUAUGUGAGACCUGGUGGGGGAUUUGUGCCAAAGUUUCCUGUCUUUGGCAAAGUUGAGGUGAACGGAUUAAAUGAAGACCCUCUUUUCACCUACCUAAAGGAAACACUGCCAUUCGUGAACCCUGUUAUUGGAGAAAUGAAAAAACUAUUCUGGUCUCCAAUAAAAGUGAACGACAUUCGGUGGAAUUUUGAGAAGUUUCUCAUUACUGCAGAUGGCACGCCCUUUAAAAGGUAUGAUCUUCACUGCCCCAUCGAGAAAGUGGAGAAAGACAUAACAGAACUUAUCUGAUGGACUUUCUUCAAGUUGUCUACAGUGGCAGAGUGAUGAUCCCCCAGUAAAUGCAAAUGUGCACCUGAGCUGGAUCUGAUGGAAAGAGGAACAUGCCUCAGAGCUUCGGUGUAUUCACUCUGAGAACAAGUUCCCUUCAGCCACUGGAAGAGUUUUCAUGUCACUGUCACAUUCAUUUCUCUCCAAUGUGAUGGUAUCUGCUACUCAAAAAUAAAUAUAAAUAAAACAUAUAUAAGACAAUA